GCUGGCAGUGUCAUGGCGGCUGCCUGUCAGCGGCUGGAAGCUUCUUCCAUGUAAACACCUCGACACUCCCUCCUCUCCUUUCCCUCCCUUUUCCCUCCCUCUCCCCCCACCCACGCACCCUGCCUGGAAACACAUGGAAAGUAAUGCCGGUGCCGAACGGGGCGACGGCGUGGCCGUGGAGGGAGUGGGAGCGGGGCCGGCCGUUGCCAGGGGCGAUGGCAGCGGUGAGCGGCCGAAGGGCACGGAGAGUCUGGGGGCCGGGGCAGCGGCUUCGAGCCGCUCGGCGGCCGUCCCCGCACAUCGAGGGGCCGCUGCCCAGACCGAUGCUCCGUGCUCAAACGGCGCUGCACCACUGCAGCGGGAGGAGAAUGAGGGAGAGGAGGAGGGCACGCCCGGCCGGGAAGAAAAAGUCAGGGAUGGCCCUCAGCAGAACUUGGUAAACAAGAUGAGCGAAGUGAGUGAGGGGGCUGCAACCGGCCCGAGGAAGGAUGCUCUGCCCGGCCUUGCUCUACAGCCCACGAAUAAUCAACCGCAGGAGGAAUGUAGCCCGAUUGAAACUCCCGACUGUGACAAGAACCACAGCGCCAGUGACCAAAGCCUGCCUGGUGAAUCGCGAAGCAUUGACUCUCUCGAGUCCUUUUCUAAUUUGAACUCUUGUCCCAGUUCUGACCUUAAUAGUGAGGGGACUGAAGAUCGAGGCCUGGCUCUCACUUUACAGAGCGAAGAGAAUAACAAGGAUGGUGUUGCCAAACCAUCUGGUUCAAAGGAAAGAUUCCCCGGACAGUCAGUUUAUCAUAUAAAGUGGAUCAAAUGGAAAACAGAAAACACGCCCAUUAUUACACAGAAUGAAAAUGGCCCUUGUCCUCUACUUGCGAUCAUGAACGUUCUUCUUUUGGCAUGGAAGAUUAAACUACCACCCAUGAUCGAAAUUAUAACAGCAGAGCAGUUAAUGGAGUACUUGGGUGAUUAUAUUCUAGAUGCAAAGCCAAAAGAAAUCACAGAUGCUCAGAGACUGAACUAUGAGCAGAAUAUGAGCGAUGCAAUGUGCAUAUUACACAAACUGCAGACGGGAUUGGAUGUAAAUGUAAAGUUUACUGGUGUAAGAAUAUUUGAAUAUACACCUGAGUGCAUUGUAUUUGAUCUCCUUGAUAUUGCAUUGUACCAUGGAUGGCUGGUGGACCCUCAGAAUGCUGAUCUAGUGAAAGCAGUGGGAAUGUGCAGUUAUAACCAGCUGGUGGAGAAGAUUAUCUUCUGUAAACAGUCAGAGAACAGUGAACUAGUCAGUGAAGGUUAUGUUGCAGAGCAGUUUUUGAACAACUCAGCAACUCAGUUGACAUACCAUGGGUUAUGUGAACUGAUUUCUACUGUUGAAGAAGGAGAAUUGUGUGUAUUCUUCAGAAAUAACCAUUUUAGCACUAUGACAAAAUACAAGGGCCAACUCUACCUACUGGUGACGGACCAGGGCUUCCUUACAGAAGAGAAAGUGGUCUGGGAAAGUUUGCACAAUGUGGAUGGAGAUGGGAAUUUCUGUGACUCUAAUUUUCAUCUGAGACCUCCAUCUGACCCAGAAACUGUGUACAAAGGACAGCAGGAUCAAAUAGAUCAGGACUAUCUGAUGGCCUUGUCCUUACAACAGGAACAGCAAAGCCAGGAUUUAACCUGGGAGCAAAUACCCGAAGGAAUUAGUGAUCUGGAGCUGGCAAAAAAGCUGCAGGAAGAAGAAGACAGGCGAGCAUCCCAGUACUAUCAUGAACAGGAGCAAGCAGCUGUAGCUCAGAGCCAGGAAGGGCAGCAAUCACAGGCAGCAGCAACCGCUGGAAAACAAUCGGGAGGCACCGAACGGAAACAGCGCAAGGAAGCAAGAGAGAAAGAAAAAGACAAGUGUAUUCUCUUGUGAUGGAGAUAAAAUAUUUACCAGAAACUAAAUGUGUAACCCUUAAAAGAAUCCAGUGAUAUGCCGUCUGUGCCUGAUCCUUAAUUGUUUGUAUUUUGAGAAGUGAAAGGAUGACUUCUUUGAUGCAGUCGGCCAAACUCUCUGUUGCACAAUGCACUAUAUUCACAAUGAAGUUUCUACCGUAUUGAUUGAUGCAGUUACAUUUUAUUUGGACAUAAAUCGUCGUUUAAAACACAUGGAAAGCACCUUUACAUGUAACAGUAAAAUCACCAUGCCUCUCCUCAAUAUUUGGCAUUAGUUAAUGCAAUCAGCUAAUAAGCUAUUCUGAAUAAUACAGCCUCAGUUUUGUUAUAGGACAAUGAUUGGCAGGUUUCAUGGUUUCUUUACUUUUCAUUCUCUGCUUAUAAUAAGAGAAAAUAGAAUAUUUUUAGCUUUCCUUGACUGUUCCUAGAGUUGAACUCAUAGGGAGAUAAAGGCAAAAAAACUUAAAAGGUCGUUCACAAAUUCUGCUGGAGGACAGCUGUAGAACUGGACAAUCUUUUCUAAUGAUGAGUUUUUUGUAUGAGUCACAAUAAAGGAUGCAAGGAGAGGAGUAAAUAUUUGUUAGUGGUGGUCUCUCGUGCUUCAAGUUUUCUUUAACUGGAUAUACUCAUUUUGCAUGAUUUUAAAAUUGCUCCAUCCAACAAGAGUCACUCUGGGGAAAUGCCUAAAAGUAGAUAUUUAUCAUUAUAUUUGAAUAUCAGCAAUUUUAAAACAAAAAGCUUAAUAUUUUGAUUAAAUAUACUUUCUGGCAAAUAAGAAAAUAGCUUCAGAUUGGCUAAGAGGUAUUUCUUGGAUAAGAAUAUUGCAAGCCCUUCUCCAUGGGUUUGAUCUCUUUUAUUGAAUGGUAAAAAGCAGAACUGCCGUCAGCUUUACAGUGUCUGACAUCUUGGUUUUGAAUUCCUUGGUGAUGAGUAAUUUACCGGUCAUUGUGAUCUUUUAUCUUUACUAAUACAUUCAAGUUUAUUUGGUCAAACAUAUUCCAUGCCAUAGACAGUAGCAAAGUUAUUUUUCUCAAGGGGACCAAUAUUUAGAAAUGGAUGAAUUUUAAAAUAUUAAGGACGAAAGAAACAACUUUGAUACAGUCGCAUGUGGAUUUUGUAUAUGCUAAGUGCUUUUCCUUUGGUUUGAUGGUAAGAUGUUCCAAAUAUGUUGUUCACUGGGCUCUGUUGCUGGAAGGCACUUAAACGCUAAACAGUUGACAUUGAAGGAAAUUUAUCUGAAGGAUCAUUUUAUACUGUUGCUGAUUAGUAUUGUCACUUUAAUAAUGUCGCUGUUUUGUAGAUUUUAAUACAUUUGACCAGUAUUUAUUUGAAUGCCUCUAAAAGGCACCUUCAGUUAGAGUACUUGAAGCAGCUGUGUAAUAGAGGAUCAACAACCUGAGUGAUGAGAAUAAAGCAUUUAACCUGUUUACUAAAUAUUUAUUCAUUGUGAAGUUUUGUUAAAUUAUUUUGAGAUGAGCACCCCCGGAGUAUCCUUUUUGUGGGUUUUAAAGAAUCACAUUGUACUUAGAAAUUUCCUUUUAUCAAGAAUUCUUUACCAGGAACAAAAGCUUGUUGAGGGAGAUUAAAUUGAACUGCCCAGAUGUAUUAUGAAUUAGCUCACAUUUAUAGUGCAUGACAGUUGUAGUAUAUAUGGUAAAUGUUCACACAAAUGCCUAUGUUCCUCAUCAAAAUAUGUUAAUACUAAAAGCACCAGGAUUUCAAAUAUGUAUGGACCUAAUUAUUUGCAAUCCUGUCCAAGCAAUUAUUUGUGUUUUCUUUGAAUUGUGAGUAUAUUUAGACCAGUCUGAUGCAGGGUUGUGCAUUGUGAUACAACUGGCUACUAAUAAUAGCCCUUUCGAGUCCAUUUUACAAUGGAAGUGUAAUUGAAAGUUACUGUCAAUGCAGGGCUCCAUUGCCCUUUCUGUUGAGGGCUGGGCGUUGUAAAGAGUUGCAAGUGUAAGCUUGUUUGUGAUACCUUGAUUGAUAAAACAGCCCAGUACAUGCACUUGACUGUUUGAAUAUGCUAAAUGUUUCACAUAAGGAUUGAAAACAAUGCUGAAAGUCUUAUGGGCUGAUUAUGCUUUAAAUUUCACUUUGUUUUGCACAUUUGUCUACCACAAGGGUGUGUGUAAUUGAACUAUUCUGCAAAGGAAAUGCUACAGAUUUUCUGAAUGCAGGUUCUGAAUGCUUUACUGAAAUUCAGUGCAUGAGAGAGCUCAAUAUUUAAGAUUUCAUGGCUCAGUAAAAGCCGCAUGUUGCGAUUUAAUUCUUCAUGAUGGAAUAUUGGCCUGACGUUUUAAACAUAUUAUGUUCUCUUUUGGAGAUUUAAUCUCUUACAACACCAGCGGGUAUUGGGGUUUCUCAUUGUUUAUUACAACUGACUGCACAAUGUAGUUCGGGCCAUUAUUGUCUAUUUCACCAUAAAUAACAGAAAAGAAUUGACACAGAACCUGUUACUUUCAAAAACUUCUGUUGCACCUUUGAGUUUUGUUGCUGUGCUUAUGUUCAGACUUAAUUACCAAAAGACUUGUGAAUUGUAUUUAAUAUACAUGAUGGAAAAGAAGUAUGAUUUGCUAUAUGUAAUCUUUGUCUUCUAAAUGACAGCCACUUUUCCUUGUAUUAUUGUAUACCUGUACUGUUACAAGUCCUACAUUUGUAAGUGUUUGCCUUGUGGCAGAUGCUGAUUACAAGACAUUCUGUUGUAUUUUAUUUAUGACCAAACAUGUAUGUAGCAUACUGCCUUGAUGUGCAUUAUAUACUUGUGGCUUGUGUGAAGUUUUUCAUUCUCCUAUCCUACCUUAGGCAGCACAAAAAUAUUUUAUUUGCGCUCGGCACACUAACUAGAUUUUUAAAAGAAAAAUACUUUGAAUGUGGACAACUUUCUUCGGUUUGUAAUUCUAGCAUUAACCCAUCGAAAAUGACAGAAUACCUAAUCCUUUCGGUAUAUAUCUUGUGCUGUCUGGGAGGAAUAGGAGGAGACAGCAGUAUAUUGUGCCAUAAUUUUAAAGAUUCCAUAUGACAGUAAUAAAUUUGAGGUAUUGUAUGUAUUUUCAUUUGUUUUUUUUAAUUCUGGGAAUUGAGGAUAAAAAUGCAUCAUAUGUAUUGUGAAUAAUGUAAAAUGGGGGGGGUUGGAGAGAGAGAUCUGUUGAAAACUGAACCAAAGUGUUGAAAAUGAGGGAACAGUUGGGGGAAAAUGGAGAAGAUACGGUACAUCAUGGAACUUAAGUACAAUUAACUUAAUCACGUGAUAAGACAAAUUGUCCACGCACUCUGCAGUUAGACCAGAAAACUGACAUGCACAUUUAUUCACUAACGUGACUCGUUAUGCAGCUUAUUUUCCUGUUUAUUUGGCAUAGAACAAGCAUAGAUUUCAGAGUAACAUCAGAUAGCCACGUAUAAAUUUUGCAAGGAAUUUUAGAAAAAGGUAUACUGUGACCAAAUCAGCUCUACCAGCUGAACUGUACACCCAUUAGUGCCUAGAUAACCAUCAAAAAGAGUGAAAUGUGGCUUUAUUCGCAGUUUCAUAUGUGAAGCAGUGAGAAUCAUGUUACAUUGUUGGAGCAUAAAACUUCGAGUGAUUGUCAUUAAUUUAUUUGGUAUCAUUUAGUGCAAACUCUUCUGUUGCAGAAUGAUGUUGAAAUUGGUAAUACUACAGCCUAAAAUAAAAAAAUAAUUUCCUGCAAUGACGUGUUUGACCUUGUU